AUGCCAUCGACGACAUCAGCAUCAUCAACAAAAAAGAUUGCUUCCCUGAAGGCACUACAUACGAAGCUUAAGGGAUUGCAAACGUCUCUGAACAACAUCGUGAAAUUCACCCAGUCCUGUGAUGAAUCUACAACGGCUAGUCAAGUGGCAGUUCGUCUUGAACGAUUAGAUGAACUUUGGGAGAAAAUAGGGAAUACAAUCUAUGAGAUCGAGUCGCAUGAUGAUUUCGAAGCAGGAGAAGAGGCCUUUUCCAAAGAACGUAUCAAUUUUGAAGAUCGCUACUACGAUACGAAAUCCUUUUUGGUAGAUAAGGCGAAGGAGCUUCAGGAUAGUCCCUCCUUGGAGCAGUCUAUUAGGCAGGUCGACACAACACUUCAAACACCAAUGGAUCACGUUCGCCUUCCGCAGAUCAAAUUGCAAACAUUCAACGGCAAUAUUGAUGAAUGGCUCAGUUUCAGGGAUUUAUUCACGUCAUUAAUCCAUUGGAAAACUGAGCUACCUGAAGUAGAGAAGUUUCAUUAUCUCAAGGGAUGUCUUGAAGGAGAAGCCAGAGCGUUGAUCGAUCCAUUAAAAAUAACAAAAGGAAAUUAUCAAAUAGCUUGGGAGGUAUUGAUCAAGCGCUACAAUAAUAGUAAACUUUUGAAAAAGCGACAAGUACAUGCUCUCUUCAAACUACCUGUUUUGGUCAAGGAAUCAGCAUCAGAAUUACACAAAUUGCUAGAGGGUUUUGAUAGAAUAGUGCAAACUCUAGAUCAAAUAGUACAACCCGCGGAUUAUAAGGACCUACUACUUUUGGAUGUACUUAGUUCUAGAUUGGAUCCAUACACACGACGCGGAUGGGAGGAGCAGUCCUCAAACAAGGAACAAGACACUUUAAAGGACUUGACAGAUUUUCUUCAGAGAAGAAUUCGGAUUCUUGAAUCACUUCCAACAAGGUCAUCGGAAAAUAAGUAUGAUGCAGCAUUGGCAAAGAAGAAAGCAUUCACGGUCCGCUCCAGUCAUAGCUCUGUGCAAUCAUCCACUGGAAAAUGCAGUGUCUGCUCGGAAAUGCAUUGGUUGUAUUUAUGUCCAUCAUUCCAGGGCAUGUCAGUUGCAAGCAGGGAGUCACAUAUUCGCUCACAGUCCCUUUGCCGAAAUUGCUUCAAGAAAGGUCAUCAAGCAAAGGAUUGCGCAUCGAAGUUUUCUUGUAAAAAAUGCAAGGGUCGGCAUCAUACCAUGGUUUGUUUCAAACCGAAUGACGAAAAUCAUGUUAAGAACACUUCUGGCGAAGGAGAAGCCUCUACCAGCAAACGAAACACAACGGUGAUUAAUGUAGCGGCUACUGACACAGUAAUUUCCAAUAUGGCACAAAACCGUACCACCAAGGUCCUACUCGCAACAGCAAUAGUACUCGUUGAAGAUGAUAAUGCAGUAUGCCAUCCAGCACGGGCCCUGCUGGACUCUGGGUCGGAAUGUAACUUCAUCUCUGAAAGAAUGUGCCAGCAGAUGAGCACCUCUAAGGAAGGUGUUGAUAUUUCUGUUCUAGGAAUCGGUCAAGUAUCUACCAGAGUGAGACAUAGGAUCCAAGCAUUAAUCAGAUCACGUAACUCAUCAUUUACCUGUGAUAUGAGUUUCUUAGUUUUACCCAAGGUUACUGCUAGUUUACCAACCGCUUCGAUUUCAACAGCAGGAUGGAAUAUUCCUGAAAAUAUUCAGCUGGCGGAUCCUGAGUUUUUUCGUUCGAAUCAUGUGGAUCUUAUAUUCGGAAUACAGUCCUUCUUCAGUUUUUUUCGGUCAGGCAAGGCGAUUCCUUUAGGUGAUGGUUUACCUUUACUCACCGAAUCGGUUUUCGGUUGGGUAAUCUCAGGAGGAAUAUCAUCAACGGCUCAAUCAUCACAAAUAUCGUGUAACAUGGUGGUAUCGGAUCAUUUGGAGGAGAUAAUGGAACGAUUUUGGUCCUGCGAGGCUGUGAGAGAAAAUCGUAAUUACUCCCCGGAAGAAGCACGAUGUGAGGAGCUGUUUGAACGCACGGUUCAACGUGGAGCAGAUGGACGUUAUACGGUAACACUCCCAAGGAAAGACGAUAUUGAAUCGAAUUUAGGAGAUUCAAGGGAUAUCGCCUUGCAGCGGUUCUACGGUUUGGAAAGAAGAUUAUCAAGAGAUCACAAGCUUAAGCAGCAAUAUUGUGAGUUCAUGACUGAGUAUUUGGAACUUGGUCAUAUGCGGAAGGUGACAAACAAUACAGCUCUCAAACGAUGUUUUUUACCGCAUCAUCCUGUUUUGAAAGAGGCCAGCACCACUACAAAGGUUAGGGUGGUGUUUGACGCCUCUUGUAAAACGUCUACAGGCAUUUCACUCAACGACGCUCUAUUGGCAGGGCCAGUAGUUCAACAGGAUCUUCGCUCUAUUGUGUUGCGCUGCAGAACAAGACAAAUAAUGCUAGUCGCGGACGUGGAGAAAAUGUUUCGGCAAAUUAAAAUGGACCCAGGUGAUACUCCUCUACAAAGCAUUUUUUGGCGGUUCGGUACGGAGGGAGAAGUAGAGACAUACGAACUAACAACCGUAACGUACGGUACGAAGCCGGCGCCGUUCUUAGCAACUAGAACGCUUAGGCAACUAGCACUCGAUGAAGCAAGUCAUUUCCCACUCGCAGCAAAGGUGUUAGAAGAAGAUGUCUAUAUGGACGAUGUUAUCACUGGAACCGACGAAGUCCAAACAGCAGUUGAGUUGAGAGAGCAACUAGACGAGAUGAUGCGUAGCGGAGGUUUUAGGUUACGGAAAUGGGCAUCAAACAAUCCGGCGGUUCUACAGGGUGUUACGCGAGAAAAUUUAGCCCUGCCAGACAUAAAUGAAAUCAGCUGGGAUCAAGACCAAAUGGUAAAGGCAUUGGGAUUGACUUGGCUACCUAAGGCGGAUAUUCUUCGAUUUCGUUUCAACAUUCCAGUGCUACUAGCAGAUCAAGUUUUAACGAAACGUAAAGUACUUUCAAUAAUAGCGUCGCUCUUUGAUCCAUUGGGACUUAUCGGAGCAACCAUUACGAUCGCGAAAAUUUUCAUGCAGCGUCUGUGGAGUAUGCGAGACGCGCAAGGUAAUGCCAUCGAUUGGGAUUCCCCACUACCUGAAACGGUAGGUGAGGAGUGGCGAAAUUUUCAGCAACAACUGCCUUUAUUGAACGACCUGCGGAUAAAACGGUGUAUUGUCGCACCAAGGACAGUCUCGACGCAAAUUCAUUGCUUUUCCGAUGCAUCUGAACGAGCUUAUGGUGCUUGUGUUUAUUUAAGAACGGUGAUGGACAGCGGUGCAGUUACCGUGCAGCUUUUAACAUCUAAUUCAAGAGUGGCACCGUUGAAGACACAGUCAUUACCACGAUUGGAGCUGUGUGGUGCGCUACUUGCAGCAGAACUGUGUGAAAGGGUGAAGCAGUCUAUUGGAUCACAGAAUGAAAUACAUUUUUGGGCAGACUCUACUUGCGUACUGCAGUGGCUCAAAGCCGCUCCUAAUACAUGGACGACAUUUGUGGCAAAUAGGAUCUCUAAAACUCAGACAAUUACAGAGCACCAGGUAUGGCAUCAUGUACCAGGAGUCAGUAAUCCGGCAGAUCUAAUCUCGCGCGGAGUCCAGGCAGGUGAUAUUGGUAAUAACAGCAUGUGGUGGGAAGGACCGAGUUGGUUAAAGGAAUCGACAGAUAAAUGGCCUCGAUCUUUGGACAUUUUCAUGGAUGAUGUUCCGGAACGACGUCGGGUUGCAGUAACGAGUACGACGGCUGAUCACCAAAGUUUCAUAAGGGCAUACAUCUCCAAGUUCUCUUCUUAUACAAAAUUGCUUAGAUCAACGGUGUACUGGUUGCGAUUAAUGAGAAUAUUGCGGAAGACAAGUAAAUUGGAAGCGAUGGAUUUUAUAACCACGUCAGAAUUAAGAUCAGCAGAGGUAGUUAUCGUGCGAAAGGCUCAACAAGAUAUGUUUCCAGAAGAAUUAAAGAAUUUGCUUUGCGGUAAACCGGUUGCUCGGAAUUCACCGUUGAGGUGGUACAAUCCCAACAUUGCGAAAAAUGGAAUAUUACGUGUAGGAGGCAGAUUGACUCAUUCGAAAGAAACGCUAGAGGUGAAACAUCCCAUGGUAUUAUCGGCCAGGCACCCAUUGACAGCAAUGUUACUACAACACUAUCACCAUAUAUUAUUGCACGCAGGUCCUCAGCUGCUUUUGAGCACAGUACGCUUACGUUUUUGGCCGUUAGGUGGGCGAAGUCUUGCGAGAAAAUUUAUACAUCAGUGUCAUCGCUGUUUUAGAUCCAAGCCAAAAUCUAUCAAACAGCAAAUGGGUGACUUACCGCCAUCCCGAGUAACCGUUUCGAGACCGUUUUCUAAAUGUGGAGUGGAUUAUUUUGGACCCGUAUUCACGCGAGCAGGUCGUCGGCGAGUCGCAAUAAAAUCAUACGUAGCCGUUUUUGUGUGCAUGUGUACAAAGGCCGUACACAUGGGACAUGUCACGGACUUAUCGACUGAACGGUUUCUUCAGGCACUCCGGAGAUUCUUCGCCAGGCGAGGAAGAUCAUCGGAUAUGUAUUCCGACAAUGGUACGAAUUUUGUAGGAGCUAGAAACCAGAUACAGGAACUUUUCACUCUGUUGAAAGACCCAGCCCAUCAUCAAGCAGUAUCGAAGGAAUGUGCAACGAAUGGCUUACAAUGGCAUUUUAACCCACCAAGUGCCCCACACUUCGGGGGACUAUGGGAGGCUGCAGUUCGUUCGGCGAAGUAUCACUUGCUUCGUGUUCUCGGUGGGAAUCCGGUAUCGGUUGAGGAUUUUACUACGUUGCUGACACAGGUGGAAGCGUGUCUCAAUUCGAGGCCACUGAUAGCAAUAACCGAUGAUCCUGAAGAUCUCGAACCAUUAACUCCUGCACAUUUCCUAAUUGGUGCAUCACUACAAGCCAUUCCAGACCCAGACUAUGAUACUGUUCCAUUGAGUCGGUUAAAUCGGUGGCAGUUGGUUCAAGGUCAAUUGCAGAAUUUUUGGAAACGCUGGAGAAUGGAAUAUCUGUCACAACUACAAAGGCGAACUAAACACUGGGAACCGGCCGUGAAGGUGGAUGUGAAUAGACUGGUUGUUAUUGCAGAUACAAACCAACCGCCAAUGCGAUGGAAACUUGGACGGAUUGUUGAGUUACAUCCAGGGAAGGAUGGUGUCGUACGAGUUGUCACUGUCAAAACAGCCACAGGAAGUCUGACCCGACCAGUUGAAAAACUAUGUCUAUUACCAAACACCGAAGAAGCUGCAGGAGAAGAAAGUUGCCAAAAUCAGUGA